AUGUUUCUCGGGAACGAGGAUUUCCCAGACAGACAAGGAUUCAGGUUUGGCGGGGCCGGAUGCAACCAUACAAUCGAGCCCGAGGGCUUCCUGGUCCUGUCACGUGGCGAACCAUGCGCGCACUCCUUCGAGCUCAGCGUCGCGGGCCGCGUCGACUUGCUGGACGCCAAGAACAGGCCCACCAGCUCCCUGGCGUGGGCCGAAGCGUCCAUCCCGGACGGCAGCAGCCUCUCGAGGUUCCCCGACGGCAACACCGACGGCGUCUCCGUCGGCCCGCCGACCCCCGGUCUGCCGAACUCCCGCGGCGCCAGCCCCACGCCCGGCAUCCCCCGCGCCGCCGAGUCCAUCGAGUCGAUCACGGUGGCCAUCAGCGAGGUGUCGCCGCGCCCUGACGACGGUGUGUCCGACUGGAUCGAACUGUACAACUACGGCGACGCGGACGUGGACCUGCAGGGGCUGGUGCUGACGGACAGCAAGAACGCCCCCGAGUUCCUCCCCGAGCAGCUCGUGUUCGGGGCCGGCGAGUGCGCGGCGUGGUCGCGCGUCGUCCCCGCGCGCGGCUUCUUGCUCUUGGUGCAAGGCGCCCCCUGCUCCUUCAUGUUCGGCCUUGGCAAGCACGACGAAGUCCACCUGCAGUGGGACGCGCAACGCGACGUGGACUCCAUCGCGUACGGAAAGCAGUCAGAUCUGCCGACGCUCGGGCGCGGGGACGGGACGUACGGGCGCAGGCCAGAGGAGAUGCGGGGGCGCAACACACUAGGUCGUUUUGUCGUCAUGAGUCAGCCGACUCCUGGCACGCCGAACAGGGCGUAG